AUGAGUGGCUUGUGGGAUAACGAGACUUGUUUAACAUUAAUUGAUGCGUAUGAAUCAAAGAGGGUGUUAUGGGAUAGUACAUACGAAGAAUACUAUAAUCGCAUAAAAAAAGAAGAUGCUUGGCGUUCAUUUAGACGGGAACGAUCAAAGCAAAAACGAAGUUCUAAAACGGGAAGUGGUCAACAUCAAGCGUAUGUGUCAAAAUGGUUUGCAUUUUAUCGGAUGAAAUUUUUAAUGGAUAAAAGUGAACGAAAUGAAACUCGAGAUAGUUCCAAUGAAAACCGAACCCAAGACGUUUUGGAUGUUGAAAAUGGUGAUAGUCAAGGCAUUAAUGACAAUGACGCAAGCAGUGAAAUACGUCCUGCAAAACAAAAAAGUGCUAAGAAAAAGAAAAUAGAAUAUGACAAUCUAAUGGUAAUGAGUGCAUAUGAACUUUUGAAGAAAACAGCGGACAGUGAUGACCCGUACACAAGUUAUGGAUUGCAUAUUGCCAACGAACUAAAAAAAUACAAUAAAGGUACCUUAGCCUGUGUCAAACAUGCCAUUAAUAAUAUAAUAUUCCAGGCAGAUAUGGGAAAUUAUUCACCUAAUGUCAAUUGUCGACGUGAAUAUUACAAUCAGCCACAACAAUAUGGGUAUACUACAAGUACAUCAACUGUUUCAUCGCCACCUGCGCCACCGUCACCAACUUUGGAAUCGACUAAUCGACAAUCACUAGCAGAAACAGCAAAUGCUGAUAACCAAUUCACUGAAUUGGAAUCGCUGUUAACCUGUCAGAAUUUUUUUAACAUUUAA